UUACACAUUUUAGUUGUAUGUCAGCUAUCACUACGUCGUGUGCUGAUUGCAGUUGGCUACUAUCGGGAUUAAUUCUCACACUUUUAACUCUUCAUUCCUUAAUGUUAUGAGUUAUAAUGUGUUAUUCUAUUUUUUGUCCAUCCAUUCGUGCUAUUUAUUAAAUCAAAAUGUGAUCAAUUUCUGAUUUAAAUCGCGCUUCUCUCCGGUGAAGAAAAGUCUUACGUUCGGCCUCCGCGGUUUCCAAGUUACAUAGAUCGUAGUCGUUGUUUAGUUGUCACAUAAACUAGAACUAUGCAAAAAUGUGGAUUUUGUUCAAUGCUGUCUGGUUUUUUUAGACGUGCUAUGUGCGUUGGGAGCAGACGUGGAAGCAGUGAGUCGUACUAUCGUGAGCUGGGAGACCAAGACACUCUGAAAAUUGAUGAGCAGUCUGUACUAUCCGAUGAUUCAGAAGAAAUAGUACAAGUAACUCAACCGCGGAGGCAAAUACUGGAGUUGAAUGACUUAGAUAGUAUGGCGAAGCGCCUGGUCAGCACUGGCAAGUUCCUCACGAUGCACAAGCGCCGUAAGAAGCGUCUCCUCACCAGAUCACUUAGCCAGGAGACGGCACUGCUGGACGACUUGCUGCUAGGACAAGUGCAGUGUAUUCUACAGCAGUCUGCCACGUGGAAGUUCAACGCUUUCACCCUGGAUAAUGUGUCUGGUGGCCGCUGCUUGCCGGUACUCUGCAUACACCUGUUUCACAUGUACGGGUUGAUUUCGCACUUCAAGCUGGACGUGGCUAAGGCCUGGAAGCUGUUCAGUAUGAUCGAGGACGGUUAUCACAGCUCCAAUCCGUACCACAACUCGAUACAUGCAGCUGAUGUGACGCAGGCGAUGCAUUGCUUUUUGCAACAACACCGGAUCCGUGAGCACUUGGAACCAGUGGAGAUAAUGGCAUCUCUAUUGGCUGCUAUCGCUCAUGACAUGGAUCAUCCGGGCGUGAAUCAACCAUUUCUGAUUGCCACAUCCAAUCAUCUCGCUGCCCUGUACCAGAACACCUCGGUUCUGGAGAAUCAUCACUGGCGCUCUGCGGUUAGCUGUCUCAUCGAGAGUGGGCUGUUGGACCGUGACGUCCAAGUCAAGCUGGAAGGACAGAUCAGCUCUUUGAUCCUCGCCACAGACAUUACCCGGCAGCAAGAGUACCUGAGCCAGUUUAAGACAUACAUGGACACAAAUACUCUGGACCUUCGGAACAGCGACCACCGUCACCUGGUGUUGCAAAUCGCGCUCAAAUGCGCUGAUAUAUCAAAUCCUUGUCGUCCAUGGGAAAUCAGCAGGAAAUGGAGCCUCAAAGUUUGCGAGGAAUUCUUCCGACAAGGAGACUACGAGCGCAAAUUAAACCUACCUGUGACGGCGCUAUGUGAUCGCCAUACCACAUCCAUCCCGAAGAUUCAAACAGGUUUCUUCAAAUUUGUUGUCACACCACUAAUCACAGAAUGGCACAAAUUCUUGCACAAUGAUCUCUCUGCACAAAUGCUUGAGAACUUGAUUUAUAAUCAAGGUAAAUGGGAAUCGUUGGUUGCCCAUGAAAUCGCCGAAGAGACACGCACUGAAAUCUCUGACGCUGACAUGGUUGAUGAUGAUCUGGAGACAUGUUCCGGCACCAACAUAUCAGACAGCUCGGAAUUGCUUCUGCCGCUCCGUAGGAGCUCACUAAACCCACCGAAACCAAUUGGUCUCAGGGAGCAAUUGCGAAGAUUCUCAGUACCACUUAAUAUUUUUCAAGACUCCCGUUUCAAGAAGAGCCGAACAGAAUCACUGGCUGAAGCACUUAGCAAAAGCAACUGCAGCGCUUUAGGUAGCGACCAGUCGUUGCACUCUCAGCUCAGUGUACGCGGCCAUUGUGACAACAAAGACUCAAAGGAAAAGGUUCUGAGCUCUGAAAAUCUUUUGCCGGAUUCUUCUAUCGCGUCCAUAACCACGCCGUGCCAAGCCACUCGGCUAAAGACCGUGUUAAAAGACGGCAAUACUUGGAAGUUAGUUCGUCAACAAACCUUCCCACCUAUGGAGCUUUCCGGCCAAGCUCAGGGUUUGCUCUGCCGACCAUACACUAGCUCAGAAGACACCACUACACGCCAAGAUUAUUUUGAUUACAAGCGAAAAGAAGAAAAGGUCACCGUGGAGCAAUAUGAGGAAAAAGAGAAUAUAAACACACCUAACCGAGCCGGCAAUACAAACCGCUCGAAAUUCGGAAAUCAGCUGAGAGAGAAUCUCUCUACUGUAAACCUGAGUAUGUUCCCAAGUGGAGAAUUACUGGGGAGGAGGAAAUCUAUGCCCGCCGAUGAUCUUCAUGGUGCUAAAGAGAAACACAUGCGUGAAGUUGUGGCAGCUAUUCCGGAGCUCCUUCGUCAUAUGUACGGCAACGACUUGGACAAAGGACGUCGUGGUUCUGCCCCAGCGCCUGUUACAAUGUCCGAGCUGCCGGGACUAGUGGCUUUGGCUCGUAAUGGCUCGAAUGGGGGGCGUCGCAAGCCCCCACCGGUCACUUGCCACCAAUGGAUGAACAGUAUGGAAACGCCGCAUGUGACUCGACGUAGCUCUCUGCCCGUUGAGGUGAUGACAGGAAUCUCAUCACGCUGAACUGUCUUCAUCAGAUAAUUCAGUUUAGACAUAUCUGUCUUAAAAAAGGAACACAGAUUGCAGAACAAUUAUGCAACAUCGAAAAAUAUGAAAAUCGCUUACUCUACUAGGGGCGAUAUAUUUAUUAAAUAUGUGUGUAAUUUGGGGUUAUUUUCCCAUAGUUUCAGUGUCUAGUACAUGUUAAAAAUAUUUUCAAAGUAAAUGUCUAGAGCCUAAUUGUUCCUUGCUAUUGAACAAUUGUCGUCUAAUAUUAAUAUUAUAAACAUCUUUUUAGUUUAGCUCAAAUAACGGGCUGGACCCAAUGUCAUACAUCAUCUUCAGAACAUCUUCAGAAAUGACAAAUGAGUCUUAGUACAAAUUUUAUUUUCGAUUUAUUUUAAUAUAAUUUUAAGUCUGUAUUAACUCGACUAAAUGUCACAAACCUGACGCUACACUCUUUUUUUAAACACUAUAGAGUCGCUAAAGCUCAACUGUAUAUAUUACUAGCUAUAAAAUAUUUUUAAAGUAUAAGAGUCUCAUUUUUCUUAAUAAAUUAGAGUUUAUAAUUAAUACAUUACAGUAUAAUUAUUAUAAAACAAUUGUAGAUAUCAUAAAACAAAAAAAAACAUUAUUCUGGCUAAAACCUUAGAGAGAAAUUCGGUCGGGAUUCACUAUCGUAAUAUUAAUUAGAAAGCAUGGUCACGUGAGAAUUUCUGUACAAAUUCGAUAGUUGUUCACGCCUGGCGCACAGUAUAGUUGUCUAAGCCGCAUUUUUAUUCGUCACAGCGUAAGUAGAACACAGCAAAAAGUGACAAAUUUGUAUUUAUCCCCUGGUUUUGGUUUCUAAAGAAUGCCUUUUUUAUUAUUACUAUUAGAAUACAAUAUUAGUCUCUACAUUAGAGUAUUCAAUAAUUGCAACACUUAUGAAAUUUAAUCUUGACUAUUACUCAUUUUAGUAAUAAGAAAUAUUGGUGCCAAGUCUCAAAUUUUUAAAGGUGUUUUCGCCUUUUAUUUUAACAACAUUAACAUGAAAAAAAAACACAUAAUAAUCACUUGUAAAUACUUUAAAAUAACAAUUUCAUAUUACCUAGAUUUUUUUUAUCACUGGUAAGUAUAAUAAUUAUGACGCUUAUAAUAAUGUUAGGUACACAAUGUAGUUUUAAAUCUAGUCUUAUAUUUUAUGUUAUAUUGAUUUGAAAUUUUUUACAUGCUUGAAUAUGUCAAUUUCUUUAGGAUGGGAUGAUGUGUGUCCUGUUAAACUUAUCACUAGGCUUUUUGACAGAAUUUUAAAAACCGUUACACAUUAUUUACUUGUCAUCUAUCUAUACAAAUUUGUAGUUGUUUUAAAUUCUCUUUAGUAGUAAAAAUUCAUAUUAUACAUUCACAAUUGCUAGAACCCGCCAAAACGCUUCUUUAGGCAUCAUGGCGUCGCAUUAUUCCCUAUGACGUACCGCUUCUAAACUUGUCAAGAUUAUAUGUGUUUAUUAGCUUUAAUUACACAAAUACACAUAUUUCGAUGGAAAAUAUUUCAACGAAAUAUGUAUUGCUAAUUUGCCUAAUCUGUGAGUAUUUUGUGUCACGUAAGUGACGUAAAAAUAUUUUUAAUUAUGCUCUUUUGAUAAAUAAAUUAUUAUUUACAAUAUAUUUUACUUAACGCUUAUAGCCAUAUCUAUAACACUAUUUUUCAUAUUAUCAAAUACUAUUUUUAAUGCUCAAAUUUUUAUUCUUCAUUCCCUUGUCUAUAUUUUUUCAUAAGCACAUAAUUAAGCACAAUUUUGACAGAACCCAUUUAAUAGAUAAGUAUAGUAUGAUAAUAUUUAAUAAUGUAAAUGUUCUUAAUUUAAUCUCUAAUGAGUUUAUUGCAAUUUGCAAGUAAAUAUUGUAUAAGUAAUAUUGUUUAUAUUUGUCUUUCGGAGCUUUAGUUUACCAAUUGAAAGGAGUUAUUUAAAAUAACUUAUUAUUCAUCACGUUUAAGCCACGAGACAUGUUCUGGAUGUGGGUUUUGUUAGCAACACACUUGGUGAUGUUAUAGAAAAAAAAUAAUUUGAGUAAGUUUGAUUGAGUUGACUUGAAAGAGUAUUUCGCUCAUAUUAUAUUUAACGGAUAAGUUCAAAGGUUUUUCGUUACAACUGAGACCAUUCUAUGGCACUUAAAUUCUCGAUGUAGCUCAAACGCGAUAGAUUCAUCAUUCAGCUUUAGUCUGUAAUACACUCACCUCGAAUCCGAUCUGUCAACUACAAGGCUUACUUUCAUAAUAUAAUGAAUGGCAAAGAAGCUCCGAGAAGCAAUUUUUGUUUUAAGCAACUUCAGUAUUUUUAAAAGCGCUGGUAGCAAAUUGGUUUUACUUUUAGAUCAGUAUUAAUAUUAAUGGAUUGUGUUCUUUAUUUCUCAAUUAAUUUUGUUAUCUAAAUUAAUGUAAUUAGUACUUAAAUAAAUGUUUUUUUUUAAAUA